CUCAUGAAGCGAUGUGACGACCGAGGGGCGUGAUGGCGGCGGUGCCUGCCAAGGGGAGGCGUCGGAUCAUUCGACUGGGCGUCGAGCACAACAAGAGGAUGAUUUUCCUCGCGUUGCCGGAAAGCUGGAGCAUUCUAGAUCUCAUGAAGCGCUUGCAUCCCCUCACGGGCGUGCCGCGGCGUCUCCAGAAGCUGAUUUUCAGGGGGGGCGUGUUCACGAUGGAUCGCCCAGUGUCGCUGGAGCAAGCUGGAUUCUUCGAUGGAUGCAGAAUGAUCCUGGUGGUGAAGGACUGGACAAACGCGUGAUUCUUUCCGUUUCAAGGCAUCGGGGCAUUUGUUUUUUCGGCGAUGCCUGUGAAGUCGAAGGCUGAGAAAAGUGGCUCCAUACGAGAGGUAUCCCAUGCUUGGAACCAGGUCUGGUUUGAGUUUUUUCGAAGCUAGCUGUUCAAUAUUUCGAUCAAUUUCUCUUUGCUUUUUUUUUCACUAAGAAAAGCUGCUUUGUGUGCAUGGGAAAGCGGCUUAUAGAUUUGCAUCUGAGUUACCUCCGAGAGCACUACACCAAGCUGGUACAAGAAUGCAAGCACCUCGCAGAUGCCAAGCGCCUCCACGCACAGAUCAUAGACGAUGGGCUCGGGGACGACGUGUUUCUCGCGAACCAUUUGGUCACCAUGUAUGGGAAGUGCGGGAGCAGUGACGAUGCAGCCAGUGUUUUCAGCACGACCUCUCGUCGCAGCAUCAGCUGCUGGAACAGGACAAUCCAGGCCUUUUGUAGAUGCGGGGAAACGCAGCGAGCUCGACAUUUGUUCGACAAGCUGCCGCGGUUCACGACAGUCGCUUGCGUUAUACUCAUCAGCGGAUACGCCCAGAAGAGGCAGCUGCAGGAGGCCAGAGCUAUCUUCGACUCGAUGAAGGUGGUGGACUCGGUUGCUUGCACAGCUCUCAUGGGGGCUUACGGCAGCAAUGGGAAUCUGGAGCAGGCCAGGGAGAUGUUUGAUCGGGAUCCAAAGCACGACUUGGUGUCCUGGAACGCGAUGGUCGACGUUCUCUCCCGGAACGGGCAUCUGAAAGAAGCUCGCCAGAUGCUAGACAGGAUGCCAGUGCACGACGUGAUCUCGUGGACGGUCAUGGUGACGGGGUAUGCCCAAGCCGGGCAUCUCCGGGAGGCGAAAGAGCUUUAUGACAGGGUCGCGGAGAAGAAUGUGGUGACCACCAACGUUAUGGUAACAGCCUAUGCCCAGCGUGGGGACAUGGAAGCCGCGAAGUUUAUCUUUGAUGGCAUGGAGGAGAAGAGCGAGGUGACUUGGAACGCUAUCCUGGAGGGGUAUUCGCAGAAGGGAGAUUGCGAGGAGGCUAUGGAUAUUUUCAAGCUGAUUCCCGUCAAGGAUGUGGUGCUGUGGACGACCUUGUUCAUGGCCUUUGUGCACAAGGGAGACUUGCGUCGAGCCGACGAGAUUUUCACGAAGAUGCCCGAGCACGACGUUCCGUCCUGGAACGCUCUCCUCGCGGCAUACGCGCAGAAGGGACGGGUGGACGAAGCUCACAGCUUGUUUAGCCGGAUGGUCUUUAAAGAUCUCAUCACCUGGAGCGUGAUGAUCUUCGGGUAUUCACAGCAGGGCGACGGGAGGAAAGGCGUGGAGCUUUUCAGGACUCUGGUUCUCGAGGGAUUAGAGCCCGACCACGCAUCGUUCACGGGACUUCUCUUCUCAUGCAGCCAUGCCGGCCAGUUCGAGGAGUGCUUCCAGCACUUCAAGUCGAUCACUGGUGACUUUGGCCUGGCUCCCAACGAGGACCACUACAACAUCUUUGCGGACAUCCUCUCGAGAUCAGCGCGGCUCGAGGAGGCCGAGGAUCUCAUCAAAACCAUGCCGUUCGAGCCGGACGAAGUGGCUUGGAAGGCGCUGCUAAACGCUUGCAAGACAAACUCCGACUUGAAGAGGGGACAACGAGCUGCCGAGCAAGCAGUCGGGCUAGAGCCUCACAAGUCAGCAUCCUACUUGUUGCUCUACAGCAUCAUCCACAAUGCCCGCAGCAAAGUUUGCUCAUCUCAUCAGUGACGGCAUCUUGUUAAGACUUCGCAACAGCGUUAUAAAACUUACACUCAGCCUUCCCUUUUUUACCAAGAGUCAAGAGUCAACGCCCAAGACUCUAGUUUUGCGAUGGCGCAUUAGUCAAACUUCACAACAUUUCACAUUUGUUAUAGGUGAGAGCUUAAUAUUUGAAGAGAUUGAGCUCAUUUACAAUCACUUCAGGCAUCGAUCUUACCCUUGCACACAAAGUGCCACAAAACUGUUCCUAAAUUAUGCUCAGGAAACCUUGAUUCGUAAA